UCAGUGAAACGUCAUCAAUAGGCUCUCUCUUGUUGUAGUGGUCUGCGUCGGCUGGAGUUCAGUUACAGAGGCAGUCUGCCAGAUUCAAUCUUUUUUUUUUUACCCACAGUUUCCUAAACAUAUAUUAAACAAAAUGCCUGGACCCGCAUCUAGUGCAACAAAUGUUGGUGCCUCCAGCCGUUCCCCCAGUAAGACGGUGGCCCCCCGCACUGCUGGGACCUCAGCCAGACAGAGGAAAGCCCCUAGCAGUGGUGCUCGCAGCGGAGGCAGAUCCACAGCAUCAGCUGGCACUGGAGGGAUGUGGCGCUUUUACACUGAGGACUCACCAGGACUUAAAGUUGGUCCGGUACCAGUUUUAGUGAUGAGUUUGCUCUUUAUCGCAUCUGUAUUCAUGCUGCACAUCUGGGGCAAAUACACCCGCUCCUAAACCUGCAUGACCUCUGGACUCCGACCCUGAAACGUGUCACUGAAUCUUAAGCCAUUGGACCUGGACCAAACUCUGACCAUCAACACCCCAAUCCCUUUUUCUUUAUUAAAACCAACAUUUCAAGGGGUUUUCACCCACACACAAGUUUACCCAGCCACUACAACCAUUUGGUAAAUUAAAAACCAUCAGUUUUUUUUGCUCACCAGAUCAGGACAUUUUUUUGUUAAAAAUUUGUACAAACUAAUAUGUAAGAUUGUACAAUAAAAUGCUGUAAAACGA